AUGUUGUCGGUCUGUGACCUCAAAGUGUGUUUCUCUUCCAUCGAGUUCUCCCUCUUCUUCCAACAGAGUUGUCCUCUUUGUCCCAAUUGUGGACAACUCUUAGAUAACAACCCCUUCAGCGAAGUGAAAUUCUCGUCACUCGUAGUACUUCUUGGCGUGGGAUCUCUUAUAUGCUAUAAAUUGAUAACCAAUAAGAAGAAGAAAAGAGAGAAAAGACUUCCGUUUGGUUUCGCUCGAGCAAUAACUCGUGAGGACUCGCAAGAGAUGAGCUCAUGUGACAAAUCCAAUGCAAGCCUCAAAUACAAAGUCUUCACUUCGACUCCAUAUGUCAAGUGGUGUCCAACCGUUGACUACACGCCUUCUCUCUCAUCAAACGCAUCCGAUUUAGUGUUUAAUAUGACUGAUAGCUAUGAUUACGACUCUUCAGUUCGGACGCCAUCGCUGCAAAUGAUUGGCACCAAUACUGUCGCCAAAUUAGAUCUGCUUUUGGAUCAAAUAGAAGACAUAAAGCGCUCUGUUUAUGAAAUCGAUGAACAGAUCUUUGAUGUGAAGGACUCUAAUGUGAAAUUUGAGUCCAAAAUGUUUAGCUUAGGGCCAGACAUGAGCUCAAGUCUGGCCACUGAAUCCGAUCUGAACGAGAAAUUCAAUUAUUGUAUGACUGAACCACAGACGCCUACUCUGGAGUGGGAUUUGACGGAUUUGAAUGUUGUUAAUGAGCACAACAAUAGUAUAAUGAAUGACAAGCUAUUGGACUUGUCUCCACAAGACUUGUCUUCCCCUUUGACCUCAACUUCAGGCGAAUUCUCGACCACAUCCUCACAACAACUCCCAAAAGACAAUAAUCUGAUUGCAAUCCAACGGAUGAUAAGCGACGCCAAGAAAUUGGGUCUUUUGGAUGACUUAAUCGAUAUUCUCAUAAAGAACUCCAAAAGAGAUUCCGCUUAUUUUGAAGACUAA